AUGCGAACGGCAGAAAAAGAGUGGACAGAGGUGGUGGUGUGGUGCACAAAGGUCUCCAGACGGAGGAGGCAAGCCAUGACCGGUCCAACGAACGGAAGAGAAGAUAGGUCGAGCGUACACAAUUGGAUUCUCCGUGUUCCCUACUCCGUUGUUGAAGCUAUUGUAUGGUCUAUUAUAGUGUAUUACACUGUUUUCUUUUCCCCUAGUGUAGGAAGGUUUUUCCGUUAUGUGUUUGUUCUGUUUUCAAUGCACCAUAUGGAUUUAGGUAUCUUUCGUACAUUGGCUGUAGUUGCAAGAAAUGUGAUCAUUGCCAAUACUUUCGGUUCAGCUGCCCUACUUGUGGUAUUCUUGUUGGGUGGAUUUAUCAUGCCCAAAGAUAUGUGCUUUACUGGUUGGUGGUCUUUGCUUGCAAGUUUACUCUCACCUACUUCCUUCAGGAAAAUUAUGAUGCAUGAGAUACAAAUUCGACCAUUGGUGGAGCCCACCAAUAUUAUCAAGGACCAUCCUAGGCUGCAAUAUUCCUGGCGUGAUCUUGUCUCAAAGGAUAAUAAUAAUUCUCUUACCUUAGUGAGCAUAUGGGCCCCUGUAGUGGCUCUGAUCCAAGUGCCUCUUCUGAACCACCUGAAAGAUCAAACUUAUGGAGAGAUGUCGGAUGAAUUUAACAUAACAUGGCUUCAUAGAGGGGAUCUCAUACUUAAUGUUAGUGAUUUAUCAAUUGAAUCAAGUAUGAACUUAGGUUUGUUGCUUGAUCAACUAAGGUAUCAAGCUGUGAAGUCACUCAGCAAUAUGGUGGUUAUUAUUCUAAUCAAGAGUUUAGAACAAAUUUUGUAUUAUUCAUUUCAAUGUUAUUACAAUGAUGAUCAGGAGCUAUUUCCAUGUCUUUCUCUGGAUUUCCGUGUUGUUUUUGAUGAAGAGUUGGGAUUGAUAUUGAAGCUAAGAGACAUGAUGAUUGGUUGGAUACAUGAAGGGUUUCAGAGCUUCUUUAGACAGCCUAAUGAUGAGUUACUGAAACAAGAAGGUGCCCCUUUAUAG